AUGGCACCUACGAAGCCAAAAGCAGCGGAUAAAUCUGCCCCCAAGAAGGAAGAAAAGAAGAAGCCUGCGGCCGCACCAGCAGCAGGAGCUGCUGCUUCUUCUUCAAGUUCAAAAACACCCGCCCCAGCUCCAAAAGCAGCAGCCAAAGCUGCAAGUAAACCAGCUGACAAAAAAGCUUCUUCCUCAAAAACCCCUGCGCCAGCACCUAAGGCCGCCUCAGCCAAAAGCUCUGCAAAAGCACCAGCUGCUGCCCCUAAACCAAAAGCAGCUGCUGCUAAAGCUGGAAAAGCUGCAGGCAAAGGUGCUGCCAAACCCGCAGCCAAGGCUGCAGGAAAGAAACCAGCUGCUGCUGGAAAGGCCAAGGCUCCCGCAACUCUUAUUGCUAAGCCCAAGAAAAAUGUUCCAGUUAAACAACAACAGAAAGGUGUUGGCAAAAAGCCAGCUGCCAGUGCAGUACAAGUAGCGAGAGCACUUAAAAUCCAAAAGAAAGUUAUUAAAGGCCCCAAUGGAACACACUCAAGAAAAAUCCGUAACUCUGUCCACUUCCGCCGCCCUAAGACCCUUAGACCACCCAGGAGUCCCAAAUACCCAAAGAGGAGUGUGCCCCACAGAUCACGCAUGGAUGCUUACAAUAUCAUCAAAUUCCCAUUGACUACAGAAGCAGCCAUGAAGAAGAUUGAAGAUAACAACACUUUGGUAUUUUUAGUUCAUACGAGGGCAAACAAACACCACAUUAAGGCUGCAGUUAAGAAAUUGUAUGAUAUCAAUGUAGCCAAGGUUAACACCUUAAUUAGGCCUGAUGGUAAAAAGAAGGCAUAUGUAAGAUUAGCUAGGGAUUACGAUGCUCUAGAUGUUGCCAACAAGAUUGGCAUCAUAUAA